AAUAUAAUGGAUGAGAAAAAUCUGCCUCCAGGGUUUAGGUUUCAUCCAAGUGAUGAAGAACUCAUAACAUAUUAUUUGAGUAACAAAGUUUCUGAUUUUAGCUUUACUAAUAGAGCUAUUGCUGAUGUUGAUCUUAACAAGUCUGAGCCUUGGGAUCUUCCUGCCAAAGCGUCAAUGGGAGAAAAAGAAUGGUACUUCUUUAGCCAAAAAGAUCGAAAGUACCCAACGGGUCUUCGCAGUAACAGAGCUACAGAAGCUGGCUACUGGAAAACAACGGGCAAAGAUAAAGAGAUUUUUCGCGGUGGAGUCGAGCUUGUUGGGAUGAAGAAGACACUUGUUUUCUACAAAGGAAGAGCUCCUAAGGGUGAAAAAACCAAUUGGGUUAUGCAUGAAUAUAGGCUACAAUCCAUCCUUGGAUUCAAACCUCCUAAGGAGGAAUGGGUAGUUUGUAGGUUGUUUCACAAAAACUCAACUGUAAAAAAAUCAAAUGCAACAUCAUCAUCCCAACAAUCUGAUCAAGUAGAAUCUAUUAGUGACGCUUACACAUUACCAAAUUUCAACAUCCCCGCCCCUCAUGAUGGUGAGAUAUUUAACGAUAUUUCUCUACAUAACUAUACCAGUGAAGAAAACAUGAAUAUCGUUAACUUGGAUCCUCUCCCUUCAUUAUUACUUUAUAAGGCAAUACAAUUGAGAGGCAAUUAUAAUCAUCAACCAAUGAAUAUUGAUCCAUCUAUCAAUAUCGUGAGUUCUCCUUACGGUAUUCCAUCACAAGAGACUAUUUCUCCUUUUGGAAUUGAUUUUAAUCCAACUUCUUCCUCCGAUCCUCUUCAACCCCAGCUACAACAAUCAUAUAAAUUGGAUUCUAAUAUUUGGGAGUAACUUUUUAUUAAUUUAGGUUGGCUCAGAGUAAAUUUCAUAAGAGCUACCUUUUGUAUUUGUAAUACAAACAAGUUAUGUUUGAUUGACUUGGAAAAAUUCCUAGUCUCUAUGAUAUAAUAUAUUUUAGGGCAA